AUGGCCAACAAUGAUUCCCCCAAACCACAAUUCCUCGCGCCUCCUGCCGUGACAGCCCUGCGGCAGGAGGCUCGGAAUAUCGACCCGAAGAUGACUCGAACAUUGAGCGAUAAUAUGCGAGAGGAACGUGAGGAUUUGAAGGAGGCGGCUGAACAGACAUUGAACAUCAUUGUCGAUAUGGACCUGGAGGGUUGCAUCAAAUGGGUCAGCCCAUCGUGGAAACAGGUGGUCGGCUCCUCCCCCGAGUCAGUUGAGGGACAUAUGAUAUCAGAAAUUCUGUUGGGUAACAAGGAUGUGUUCCGCGAUGCCAUCGAAUCCAUGAAGCAGGAUGAUUCGCGGAGUCGUUUCAUUCGCUUCGCCCUCCAGAUGGGACCGGAUUCUGUCCUAAAGUACUCACCCGAACCGUCCCCGAUGGCUACGGAGAAUCAAGCAACCGGAGGAAAGGAGGAGAGUGUUGAGAAGUCCCAGGGGGAGCAGGAGCAAGAUCAUAAUCACAAUGUGCUCAACAUGGAGGGACAGGGAAUCAUGGUCUAUGAUCGAACAGACGAUGAAGUUGGCCAUACCAUGUGGAUGUUACGACCGCUGACCGAACCAAGAGAGGUGACCAUCGAUCUGCCCCCUCUGCUGGUAGAGUCGUUGGGUGUUGGAGCAGAGGUACUGGCAAAUUAUCUGACCGAAUUGGCUGAGGCUGCAGCGACAGAACCCGAUCCUUCCAAGCAUCCAGCCCCGACCCCUGUCCUCUGUCGCAUCUGUGAACGCCAAAUUACGCCAUGGUGGUUCGAGAAACACUCGGAUCUGUGUCUGCAGGAACACCGGGCUGAGAUGGACGUUCAAAUGGCACAGGAGAACCUCAAUGAGCAUCGCCAUGUCAUUGUCAAGGUCUUGGAUGCUUUAGAGGCCCGUCAAGGCAGACCUACCAUCGGAAGCGAUGGAAAUCCACUGCCCCUCCCUCAAGCAGAGUACAAGGGAUUAGCCAUCGGCCCUUCGACUGCCAGCUCUGCUCCAUCGUCCGGCCAUGUUUCAGGUAGUAAUUCAGCGCCCGGCACGCCGCCUCGGUCACGAGAGCAUUCUGCGUCUGGUGCUUUUCCAACCCGGCCCCGUUCAUUCACAGUGCGGAGGCCACUAGCUCGCAUUGUGGAACUCGUUCUUGACCUGUGCGAUACCUCACUAGAGAUUAGUAUGCCGAUGAUCAAGGAAUCUUCCCUGGCGGACGCAGAGGACUUCCGAACGUUGUCACCGCAAUCUGAAUCGCGGAUCUCUCAGGUUCUUCAGUGGCAGUCCCCCAGUACCAACACGUUGGAACAAGAACAGGGUCUGGCCGCUUUGUCGGCAGACACUGAACAAGUUGCCAAGGCAAAAGUUGAUGCUGUUAUACGUCAUCGCAAGAUUGUCGAAUACGCCGAACGAAUUCGCAUAGAAUAUACAGUUCUGGUCCAGGAAUGCAUCGGGGCAGCGCUAAGCAAAGCGGAGCGCAUAGCUGCUGGACAACUCAGUGAUUCCUCGUGCUCAUCCGAUGAAGACGUGGCACCCGAGAGCACCGUCGACAGCCAAGUUGCUCCUGAGGAUACUAAUAGUAUUGCCGAGGGAGCGUCCCUCUCAGAAACCAUGAACCACGAAUUGCAACAGAAAUCAUAUCCAGCGGCACCCUCUCCGCGGCGACCAACAUCUGCGCUGACUCUGUCUAUGCGCAAUUCACCGGAUCGGUCAUUCCUCUCACAAUCGGAACGCAGACCAUCCUCGGCAGCAGUAUCUACAGGUUCUAACAGCCCAUUGGAAUGCCCCACCCCGCGAUCUCACAAGAGCGCUGCAGGACUUCUGGGUACAUCACAGCCUUCUCGGCUAGGCCUUUCCUUGGCAGAGAUUGACGCUGGCGACAGUAGCGAUGGCAGCUUGGCGUCUUCUGCCUUCCCGGGCGCUAUCAGAACAGACUCACCCUCAUCCGAGCGAAGCUUCGAUCGAAAGCGCCGAAGUCUGGUACUGCCCGGACUUUCCAGUUCCCCUCGUCGUCAACCUUCUCCCGCUCGAGUCUCAGGCCCGCAUUCCCCGUUGCGCAUGCCGAAGCCCCGUAUGUCUAGUGGUGGUGGUGGUGGUGGUGAAAGCCUGCCAUCACCUGUAGCAUCUCCAUCUACAUACGCAAGUGAACUAGCCCUCCAUCACUGCCGCCACCAUCGCCGGCAGUCCUCGGCAACUUCUUCCGAUGUUACGAAGCCACCACCAUCCCCACGCUUAUCUUCGAUGAGCCAGCAACAACCUCGGCCUGCGCCAUUGUCUAUCCGCGAUUUUGAAAUAAUUAAGCCAAUUAGCAAAGGUGCUUUCGGUAGUGUCUACUUGGUGAAAAAGAAGGCAACCGGAGAGUAUUAUGCGAUGAAAGUUCUGAAAAAGGCCGACAUGAUUGCCAAGAAUCAGGUCACCAACGUCAAGGCCGAACGUGCUAUCAUGAUGUGGCAAGGGGAGAGUGACUUCGUUGCCAAGCUUUAUUGGACGUUUUCAAGUAAGGACUAUCUAUAUUUGGUGAUGGAAUACCUCAACGGAGGAGACUGUUCAUCACUCGUCAAGGUUCUUGGGGGCCUCCCCGAGGAUUGGGCUAAGAAGUAUAUUGGUGAGGUUGUGCUUGGAGUUGAACACCUUCACAGCCGAGGCAUUGUGCAUCGCGAUUUAAAGCCUGAUAACCUUCUGAUCGACCAAACCGGUCAUCUGAAAUUAACUGACUUUGGACUUUCACGGAUGGGGUUGGUCGGUCGUCAGAAACGGAUCCUGAAAAACCCGGAUGAGUCUGCCCCUGAUCUGCUGAAGCAGAAUUCAUUUCCCCGUGCGAUGUCGAUCGCAUCUUCUCGAUCGGCCUCAUUCGACUUCCAGGCAAGCUCAUCACCCGGUUCUACUCCACUGAUUACACCAGAAGUGGCCGCAAACGCUAUUCAACCGUCUUACUUCAGCCUCAACCAGGCUGGCUUGAGCCGGCAAAGCUCUCGUCGAGCUUCGGGAUACCGCAGCGAUAGCAUGGGCAGUGAUGGUCUCAAUGGAAUGUUCCGGACAUUCUCGCUUAACGACAAUUCUCACGAACCUUCGGCGCCAUCGCCAAGCAUGUUCUCAACCAGCAUGGUUGAAGAAGAGGGCCAAAGCGAGGCUGGCGAGUCUCCUCGCCUUCAGCCCCUGCAGCCCACCUUCAGCAAUCCAAUGGCGCAGAAUACACCUCCCCAGCAGAGUAUGAUGCCUCCAGUGAUGGCUCUUUUUGAUCCUGAAGAUCACGAUCGUCGCUUUGUCGGUACCCCUGACUACUUAGCUCCGGAAACUAUCAACGGCGUUGGACAAGAUGAAAUCAGUGACUGGUGGUCAUUGGGAUGCAUCAUGUUUGAGUUCAUCUUUGGGUACCCACCCUUCAAUGCGGAUACCCCAGAUCAGGUGUUCGAUAACAUUCUCCACCGCAGGAUCAACUGGCCCGAUGAUCCAGAGGAGUAUACUUCAGCAGAGUCAUUGGACCUGAUGAACAAGCUCAUGACUCUCAAUCCUCGAGAUAGAAUUGGAGCCAAUGUGGAAGAGAAAUUUCCGAAUGGCGGCGCGGAAAUCUGUAGUCAUCCUUGGUUAUCUGAUAUUAACUGGGAUACACUGCUAGAAGACAAAGCGCAAUUCGUCCCCAACAUCGAGAACCCGGAGGACACCGAGUACUUUGACACUCGCGGCGCUACUCUUCAAUCUUUUGCAGAGGAGUUAGAAGAUGAGAACUCACCACAGCCGUCGUCAGCUGCCGCUGGCCCUGACCGGCCUCAUGAUGCACUGUUCAAGGUCCGCUCCCAAGUUAACUCAUCGAAACGACCAUUGAUGCCACUGCACAUUCCUCCUCACGUUCGUGAUGCUCGGGAUUCGCGAAGUCGGAGACUAAGCGAACCAGCCUUGGCCGAUGAUUUUGGCAGCUUCAACUUCAAGAAUCUCCCGAUGCUAGAGAAGGCCAAUAAAGAUGUGAUCCAAAAGAUGCGCCAAGAGGCUUUGCAAGCGCAGCAUCGACAACCCAACGGAUCGUCGACCGCUCAGACGCCAGUCACUUCAUCUCAGCCGUCAUUGGAAGGGAGCCCGCUGCCUAUGUCUCUCCAGCGAACUUUGUCACAGAACAAGGGCAAUAAUCGGCCUUCUUCCCCAUCAGGUCUAAGCCAGACAAACUCAUCUCCCAGCAGACCGUCGCAGCCAUCUUCCCCUUUGCUGGUCCAGUUCAGCACUGGGGCUAAUCAAGACCGACGCAAGACAUCCGGCUCCUCGUCAACCUCCCACCAAUCCAGUGGGACUUUCCAACCUUCGUCUGCUGACCAGGGGCGCAUGCCCAAUCUUAGACUGGGUUCAGUGGCAUCCUCUCCCGUUAAGUCUAACCGAAUUCCAACCCAUUCUCCCGACAAGACGGGCAACAUUCAACGCCAUGGUAGUGUUCCCGCCAGCCGUACUCGGUCGCACACCAUUGGCUCUCAGGAUGGAGAUGCUCCCACGUUCCCGAAAGAACCUUUUGUGCCCCAUCAUCACAAGCGCCGAAGUCAACUCUUUGAUAUCUCACCUUCAUCUUCUGACAACGAGGAUCCACGUACAAAAGCACUUUUGAAGGUCCAACGUCGGCGACAGAGCUCUCGACGGCUAUCACAAAUCAAUAUUCUAGAAGGGCCCUUUUUCCGGCCAUUGGACGUUCUCAUUUGCGAAGACCAUCCGGUCUCGCGGCUGGUCAUGGAACGCCUGUUCGAAAAACUUCGCUGCCGGACCAUUACGGUUACGAAUGGCGCGGAAGCUGUCAGAUACGCUCUCAGUGAAGUUCAAUUCGAUAUAAUCAUGACUGAAUAUCGACUUCCCCAAGUCAACGGGGUUGAUUUUGCUCGAAUGGUACGGGAGACGCGCAGCGCCAACAGACAUACUCCAAUUAUUGCUGUUACGGGCUAUUUGAAAGAUCUUCCGGAGAAUCACAACUUCGAUGCCCUGAUCCAAAAGCCUCCGACCCUACCCAAGCUCACCGAGGCACUUUCCCAGUGGUGCAUGUGGAAACCCCCUCCACCGGACUACAGUCCCUCGCAGCCUGUUCCUGUUCCCGGCUCCGGUGCUCAGUCUACGGCUGCGACAACCGAGGACAGUCCUAGUUCUGCAUCCUCUGGAUUCGUUCUCAAUCCCCCCAGCUCUUACCGAGGAUCCAGCCGCGAUGACUCCGUCAGUAGCAGCGUAUUCGGUGAUAUGGAUUCUUUCAAACCCGAUGAUAUCCCAGUAAUCAUAAAUCGAAAUUCUGAUGAAUGGGAUCAAGGCCACGGUGGACUGGGAAUAUCCGAAGAGCCAGCAGACCACCCCGGGAGCCCAAACCCGAACGCCGUACCUGUGCCUCACCUUCUUCAUGCUGCCUCAGCGCCCGCGGCCAUGGAUGCAGCUGGUGGGCUCACGCCCCGGAGGCAACGGUCAACUGAAGCCAUUCGUGCCAAAAAGGAAUCCCUUGAGAAGAAGCGGUAUGAGGGCGCUGAAUCGGGUGACGAUGAAGAUGAAGAGCUUGGCAACUCCCAAACACGUCGCAGCCCACCCUCUCGAAAUCGCCGUCCCGGCUCUAAACUGGGGAUUGAGAUGAUGCGGACCAACAGCCGAGGCAGCGUUGUCAGUGGCAGCGAGGAACUCUUGAAGAAGGAGAGGGAGGCUCUUCGGAAACAAGCUGCCGCCGAUCACGAAGACAGCGAUGGCUCGUUGGGUUCCCCGGCCAGUACCAGCCUAGAAGACCAUUUCGAGGCCCUCAGCAUCCCCGAGGAAUCGGAAGGCGAACAAUCAGUCAGUCCCCGUGCGUCUUCUCCAACGGUUGGAGCAUCUGUCUCCCAACACCACCGGCCAUCCCUGGCACAUCAGGAUACCUCGAUCUACUCUGGACUUUCCCAGUGUCGUACAUCGAAGAGCACUCCAACAAUGUUGAAUCAGGGGCAAACCACCCCCCCGUGGGACUUACCGCAGAGUACCAGCUCCCAACCCACUGGUCCCCCAAUCACCCCUGAAGUGAAGAUCUCUGGUAGCACGCUGACCCGAAAUGCCGGUCAAGACGUGGAGCCCGAUAGUAGUCCCACACCAGACGCUGAUGCUACUCCGCGCCCUCUUCAUCCUUCUCCCAACCUUGAUCCGGAGCACACGCCUCGUCCAGCGGAGCGACAUCGCUCGGAUUUGAGCUUUGCAUUCAAAAGAUAG